AUAUUACUUACAUGUUUAAAAUAUUUUACUAGUAAAUGGUUAAGGUUUCAUGUAGGCUAUGCUGUCUAACUUAACCUAGCUUAACCUCUUUGGCUUUAUAACCAUUCUGCUGAGCUCUGUCUUCUUUGUAUUUCAGUCUUUUCAUUUAGGCCUACGUCAUUCUCAAGGGGUAUUUUCCUAGGGUAGGCCUAGCGGUUAAAGCAUUGUGCCAGUAACCGAAAGGUUGCUAUUUCAAAUCCGAUAAGGUGAAAAAUCUGUCAAUAUGCCUUUGAACAAGGCACCUAAUCCUAAUUGCUCCAGGGUCGCCGUUGAUAAUGGCAUACYCUGGCCGUGGCCCCAACCUCUCAGGGAGAGUUGGGAUAUGCAAAAACACAUUUCCAAUUCACACAUGUAUAAUAGGGCAAAUAUAAGCACCCAAAUUGUUAUUAAUAUUAUUUAUUUACAACUUGUGUUGAUCAUUCUGAUUAUUCUACCUUAUAAUUGUUUCUCCGUCUUAACCAAGGCACCACCAAUUGGCAUAAAUAAAUACAGGUGCUCAUUCAGCUUUUUAAAACACUGACCUAACAUUCUUCCAGUGCUAGGAAAUGAUUGCACACUGCACGCAUCAAUUAUAGAUAAGAUAAAAGAUUGGUCAAUGUUACUUAAGAUUUGACAAACAUGGGCCUAGAUGUUUGUGUACAGCUGCAUCAGCCAUUGCAGUGCUCCAUUGAAACUCAGCUAUUUUGUCCAGCAAUAUAAAAACUAUAAUGAUAUAUAUAAAAUGCAGCUAGGUUUGAUGCAUUGGAAUAUAUGCUUUGACAUGAAACGCAUUCAAAAAGCUUCUGAAAACAAAUUAAGUCAUUCAGUGUGGCUAGUCUAUAAAUUAGAUUUUGCAUUAUGCACAGUGCAUACUUGUGGCAACUAGCUAGCUCCUAGCUGUAGUGCUUCAAUAUGACUAACAUGCUUCUCUCUCUCUCCAACUCUCUCUUUCUAUCCAUUUUUUCUUCUUCUUCCCCUAUGCUGAACAAUUCUCGACCAAUCACCCUGCUGUCUAUAGAGCUAGCAUCACAGACCUCUUGUGUCAAGCCUUUCCAUUGAGUCGUCUGGGUGCAUGUGCUGCUACCUGUCCAAUCUGUAAUUACCGCCACCUGCCGUGGCAAUCUUUCCAUGACCUGAGAGCUGAACCGUCUGAACUCUCCCUGAAGCAGACACUUCUCCCUCAAGUCUCUCUUUCUCUCCACUUCUGCCUCACCUUCAACCAUGACGUUCAAAGUUGACAUGCAUUACGUAGUCUUCUUGCCUGUGUACCUAUUGAUGUGGCUGUACACUCUCAUCACGUUUAUCCCAUGGUAUUUCCUCACUAAUGCUGGGAAGAAGAAAACCAUGGCCAAGAGAGAGAAAGCCAAGUCCACCACAGGCAAAGCAGAGGGCCCCUAUCGUUGUGUGGAGAACUUUGACAACCUGGCCCGGGAGGACUUUGAGGGAAAGGACACUCUAGACAAGCUGUUUGAGCAUGCAGUGCAGCGCUUCGGCAACGCAGACUGCCUGGGUACCAGGGAGCUCCUAAAUGAGGAGAACGAGAUGCAACCGAGUGGCAAGAUCUUUAAGAAGCUGAUCCUGGGGGAGUACAGGUGGCUGUCCUAUGAUGAGGUGGACCAGAUCAUCAGCCAUCUAGGUAGUGGACUAGCAGCCCUGGGCCAGCAGCCCAAGAGUACCAUCGCCAUCUUCUGUGAGACACGGGCAGAGUGGAUGAUCACUGCACAGGCCUGCUUCAGACGCAACUUUCCAUUGGUCACUCUGUAUGCCACCCUGGGGGAGGAAGCUGUGGCCUAUGGGCUUAAUGAGUGUGGGGCCACACACCUGAUCACCAGCGCUGAGCUACUGGAGACUAAACUCAAGAAUGUUUUGCCAGAUAUGCGCAACCUGAAGCACGUUAUAUAUGUGGACAACAAGAGCAUCAGCAGGGUGGGCUACCCUGAGGGCAUUCAGAUCUACAGCAUGCAGGCAGUACAGGAGUUGGGAGCCAAACCUGACAACUUGAGUGUAGCUGUGCAGCGCCCCCAGCCCACAGAUCUGGCCGUGGUCAUGUACACCAGCGGCUCCACAGGACGACCCAAAGGAGUCAUGAUCAUCCACAGCAACCUGAUCGCUGGCAUGACGGGCCAGUGUGAGAGGAUCCCAGGACUGGGGCCAAAGGAUACCUACAUUGGCUACCUGCCUCUAGCUCAUGUGCUGGAAAUGACUGCUGAGAUCUCAUGUAUGACGUAUGGCUGCAGGAUUGGCUACUCUUCUCCACAAACACUCUCUGACCAGUCAACAAAAAUCAAGAAGGGCAGUAAAGGAGACUGCUCUGUGUUGAGGCCUACUCUGAUGGCAGCUGUACCGGAAAUAAUGGACCGAAUCUACAAGAAUGUGAUGAACAAGGUGCAGGAGAUGAGCUAUGUGCAGAGGACACUCUUUAAACUGGGCUACAACUACAAACUGGAACAGAUCAAAAUGGGCUACGAUGCCCCACUCUGCAACAUGCUGCUGUUUAAGAAGGUGAAGGCUCAGCUGGGAGGGAACAUCAGGAUGAUGCUGUCAGGAGGAGCGCCCCUGUCCUCCGCCACCCAGCGCUUCAUGAACAUCUGCUUCUGCUGCCCCGUGGGACAGGGCUACGGCCUCACAGAGACCUGCGGAGCAGGUACCAUCACAGAGGUUGCAGACUACAGCACUGGGAGAGUAGGAGCCCCCCUCAUCUGCUGUGAGGUGAAACUACGAGACUGGGUUGAGGGCGGAUACACCAGCCAGGACCAACCCCACCCCCGUGGAGAGAUCAUGAUUGGUGGGCCCAACGUUACCAUGGGUUACUAUAAGAGCGAGCACCUGAACAAUGACUUCUGGGUAGAUGAGCAGGGCCAGAGGUGGUUUUGUACCGGGGAUGUGGGGGAGAUCCACUCUGAUGGCUGUCUGCAGAUAGUGGACCGUAAGAAAGACCUGGUCAAACUGCAGGCUGGAGAAUACGUGUCCUUGGGGAAAGUGGAGUCUGCUCUGAAGAACUGCCCCCUUAUUGACAACAUCUGUGCAUAUGCAAACAGUGACCAGAACUACGUGAUAAGCUUUGUGGUACCGAACCAGAAGCAGCUGACAACUCUGGCCAAUAACAACGGCAUAAGUGUUGCCUGGGAGGAGAUCUGUAACCACCCAGCCAUGGAGGAGGAGGUCCUGAAGGCCAUCAAAGAGGUGGCUGCCUCAAUCAAACUGCAGCGUUUUGAGAUCCCAGUGAAAGUGCGUCUAAGCCCAGAGCCCUGGACUCCUGAGACUGGCCUGGUGACAGAUGCAUUCAAACUGAAGAGGAAGGAGCUGAAGAAUCACUUUCAGACUGAUAUAGAGAGAAUGUACGGAGGAAAGUAGAGCCACCAUCUGAUCUAACCAAAGAACGGUUUCCUUACAACUUUCACCAGUGAUGUGUGUCUGAAUAAUAAUACUAUUUAUUUGUAUAGCGCUUUUCAUAAGAGUUAUCUCGAAGCUCUACAGAAAAAGCAACACUUGAGUGUAAAAAACAUUAGGAACACCUUCUUAAUAUUGAGUUGCACCCCGUUUUGCCCUCAGAACA